AUGAGAAAAAGUCAAUUUACUGAAGAGGAAUUACAAGAUUAUCAGGAUCUAACAUACUUCACAAAAAAAGAAGUUCUAUAUGCACAUCAAAAGUUUAAAGCCCUUGCUCCAGAAAAGGUUGGACACAACAGGAAUGCAAAGCUUCCAAUGUCCAAGAUGUUACAAUAUCCAGAAUUAAGAGUAAAUCCUUUUGGAGAUAGAAUCUGCAAAGUUUUUAGUUCUAGUCAAGAUGGAGAUUGUACAUUUGAAGAUUUUUUAGACAGGAUGUCUGUAUUUAGUGAUGCUGCUCCAAAAGCUGUAAAAGCUGAACAUGCUUUUAGAAUAUUUGAUUUUGAUGGUGAUGAUAUGUUGGGAACUGGAGAUUUAAGGUUGGUAGUUGAUAGAUUAACAGCUCCUCAAAGAUUAAGUGAAAUGGAUAUGCAACAACUUCUUCAAUACAUACUUGAUGAAGCUGACUUGGAUGAUGAUGGUGCUCUUAGUUUUGCAGAAUUUGAACAUAUAAUAGAAAAAAGCAGUGACUUUUCCAAGUAAGAAUAUUUUAAAUUAAAAUAAUGAUUCAAUAACAAAUUAGUAAUAUUAUUUUUAUUUACAGGACAUUUCGUAUACGCUUGUGAAUUAAUAGUAAAAUGACCAAAGUAUAGUUAAUGAAAGACUGAAUAUUAAUAAUAAUAACUAAUGCUAUAGCUGCUAUUGGCACUAGGCCUAAAUAUUUUUUUUUUUCAUGUGAACAUUAGAAAGUAACGUUAAAAGUCCAAAGAUGUGCCAAGUCCAAAUGGUCAGGCCUAAUAAUAACAAUAACACCAAUUGAAUAUUUUUUUGUUACUUUUACAGGAUCUUAUGCACAAAUUAAAUUCUAUUUAUAUAGUAGUCCACAGGAUAAUAUUUCUCAUUAGUAAUAGUAAUAUAAUCUCUUCAAGAUAUGCCAUGAUGUUAAAGAUAUUCUUUACUCUAAAGUUUUAGUCUAAACAGCAGUACAAAAUUUAUACUACAUACGUAUUUAUAUAGUAUAAACUUAAGUAUUAAUUUAAUUGUAAUUAAACAUUACAAUUUAUUGCAUGUUGUGUUGUAUUUUGUCAUAGUAUUUGCAACGUUUUAGAUAUUAUUAUGUAUAAUUCUUAAAGAUAUUAUUUUGUCUUAAUUUAUUAAUAGGUAUUCUUAAUAAAAAAAAAACAUUGUUUUUUAUUAAAUAAUAUA